AUGCCAAUCCUCCCACACAUCGAGCAAGGCCCUCGCAAGGCCGACAGAACUCUCUGGCGAAUAUUGCCAUCGUCAUCCUCUUCCUCCUCAUCACCACCGUCCUCUCAGUCAUCAUCAGAGACACCAACGUCACCCCCGCCAUCUCCCCGCUCACCAAUCUCUUACUUUGACCCCUUUGAACAACCCAAAUCACCCAUGCUAUGGACAUGGACCUGCCACAUCUGCAACCGCAGCUGGCGCGUAGGCACAACCAGCCGUUGCUUGAACUGCAGUCAUCGCAUGUGCAUGCCUGAAGAGCCACAAUCCCCAUCAUCAAAAGGCAGAAAAGCCAACCUAAUCGAUUCUUCUCCACUUCAACCUUUAUCUUCUUUACUAUCCGCUGAACUAUCCGCUGAACUAUCCGCCGAAAACCCCAAUACCCGUCGGCCAAUGCUCCCCCUCAAACACGGCGCAGAUCAAUAUCGUCAUCGAUACAAUCAACAACUCAAACGACAAUUUCGAAGAUCAAGGAUUCGACAUGAUAAAAGACGGAAGAUAAAAUAUUGCCGCAGCCAGUUUGAUUAUAAUGGGUGGCAGGAUUGGAAUGAGUGGAGGAGGGAUGUUAAGGAGUUCAAUAAAUUGAGGAGGGGAUACGAGAAUGGCGAGUCGAAUGAUGAUGACGACACGAACGAAGGUACACUGGAUCGUGAAGAAGACGAGAAAGAUGAUGAGGUGGAAACGUUCAAGCUGGUUCCAGCGACCGGUCGGUUACAUGUUGUUGCUUCUUCGAGUCCACCUGCUUCUAAGAAAAAAGUGCAGGGGUGGAAUUGUUGGGAUGAUUGCGAUUUUCCGUCUCAUUGCAUUCAUGCGCGGAACGAAAGGAAAAGGCGGGAAGCUUCGCUCAAUCAAAGGCUUUUGUGA